UCUGUGGUCGGGGUCCUCAGGCAGGACCGGUUGAUGUCAUUCUUUGUAGUGGCUGCAGUGGCAAGAUGGCGGGGGAGAGGAAGCUGCUGGGCGCUGACCGGGGGGAUGCUCUCGGAGCAGGGGGCGAAGAAGACGAAGGGCAGAGCUUAUGGUCUUCAAUUCUUAGUGAUGUUUCCACAAGUGCAAGAUCGAAGUUACCCUCUGGGAAAAACAUACUGGUAUUUGGAGAAGAUGGUUCAGGAAAGACCACUCUCAUGGCAAAACUUCAAGGUGCCGAACACAACAAGAAAGGAAGGGGGCUUGAAUAUUUAUACUUGAACAUUCAUGAUGAAGAUAGAGAUGAUCUCACACGUUGCAAUGUGUGGAUUUUGGAUGGAGACUUGUACCACAAAGGCCUUCUAAAAUUUGCUCUGCCUGCAGAAUCUAUCGGUGAGACAGUGGCCGUGUUUGUUGGGGACAUGUCCAGACCCUGGACUAUUAUGGAAUCUUUGUUGAAAUGGGCAAGUGUUCUGCGAGAGCACAUAGACAAACUGAAAAUUCCUCCAGAAGAAAUGCGAGAAUUGGAACAAAAGAUUAUUAAGGACUUUCAGGAGUAUGUUGAACCUGAAGAUGCACUCUCUGGAUCACCACAGAGAAGAGGUCCUACGUCAUCUGGGACGGAGGAUGAAAAUAUUGUCUUGCCUCUUGGGGAUAAUAUUUUAACACACAACCUUGGAAUUCCUGUAUUGGUUGUUUGCACUAAGUGUGAUGCAGUCAGUGUUUUGGAAAAGGAACAUGACUACAAAGAUGAGCAUUUUGACUUCAUCCAGUCUCACAUCCGGAGAUUUUGCUUACAGUAUGGAGCUGCCUUAAUUUAUACAUCUGUAAAAGAAGAAAAAAACCUGGAUUUGCUUUAUAAGUACAUUGUACACAAAACAUACAAUUUUCACUUCAAUUGUGCUGCCAUGGUGGUGGAGAAAGAUUCCGUGUUUAUUCCUGCUGGCUGGGACAAUGAGAAGAAAAUUGGGAUUUUGCACGAAAACGUUUCAAAACCUGAAGAUGCCUAUGAAGAUUUCAUUGUGAAACCUCCUGUUAGGAAGCUGGUCCAUGACAAAGAAGUUGCUGCAGAGGACGAGCAAGUCUUUUUAAUGAAACAACAGUCAUAUUUAGCAAAGCAGCCAGCCACUCCCACUCGAGCCUCGGAGUCCCCAGCUCGAGCUCCCACAGGAUCCCCCCGCACUCCUGGUCGAACAGGUCCAACUGCUGUACCCAGUUCUUCACCUAUGGCAACUGUCAAGAAGCCAGACCCCAACAUUAAAAACGCUGCUGCCAGUGAAGGUGUCCUGGCCAGUUUCUUUAACAGCCUACUGAGUAAAAAGACAGGAUCACCUGGAAGUCCGAGUGGAGGAGGAGCAGCACAAGGUGUGGCCAAAAAGCCAGGCCAGAAGCCGGUAUUAACCAACGUCCAAGAGGAGCUAGACAGGAUGAGCCACCAGCCAGACACUGUGUUAGCUAAUUCUUCCCCAACGGAGAAUGAGGCCUGACAUCUUAUUAUGCUAAAGAAUACCAACACUUAUUUAAAUGACCAAAUAUUAUUAUUGUAUACAGAACUGAUGCCACCAAGGCUGCUCUGACACAGAAGAUACUGUAGUUUUUCUUGUGGAAAGAGACAAGCAGAUUCACUUGUCUUUAGCGUUACAUGCUUUUGGGAAGCUUGCCUUGAAUUGCCACCUGAUUUUUUUUCCCCUUAAAUGCAGGGGUUGGGCUAGCACUGCACUUUCCGCACCUAUAAGCACUUAACGUGUUGUACUUACACACUAGUGCAUCCUAAUGAAGGCUAAAAGGUAAAUCCUACUUAUCAGACAGCAUUCCCCAUUUGGUUAUGAACCUGCUGUGUAAAGGUCAGGUUAUAUUGCAGGCACUUCUGCUGAAGGCAACCAAAUAAAAUCCAGAAUGGGUUUUUAGGAAGUGAGUGGAAAGCGUUCCAUUAAUGGAAAUUAAGGAUAACGGUAUGUUAAUAUGGAUCAGAGAAGCAGUUAGCCAAGACUCUGUGCUACUCAUGUUUUACUUUAACAUGCUUUACUGGAGCAUAUAGUAAACCGUGUUUGGGGGAAAUUAACCCUAAGCAAAUAACACGGGAAGAUUUGGAGUAAAACAAAAUCAUUUCAAGUGAAAGUUUGAUGGAAACGAUGCUGGGCAAAACAUAGUAAGUGCCUGGUACAAUAGUUGAGAAAGUGCCAUCACAGGUUCUUGGAGUAAUUAUGCACUGUAAUUGAUGUCACUUUUUUACAUAUAUAUUAUUUGCAAGUGCUCUACCAACAAUCUGUUCAAUCUGUACAUUGUUUUUAUAGUUUCGUUUUCCAAAAGUACAUGCUUGUGUAAACAGGUUAGAGGGAUGUGCUUAAAGCUGACUCCAUGCAGCUCAUGGGUAACUGCACAUUAGAGGUUUGUUUUUAGAUUCAUCAAUUUUUUUAAAUCACUUAAUUUUAUUUAAGGUUGCGAAGUCGGCCUUUGCAGGUACUUCUGCACAUUAUAUGUGUACGUGGGUAGUUAGAAUCUAUGGAUGUCAGUACCAUCUAUACAUGCAUUUUAGCAGCAAGGGAGUAGGAGUAAGACACUGGGUCAUUUUUCAUACACUACUCUACAAAAAACUUAUAGAUUCAUAUUUUGAUUCAAGAAAGCCUGUCUGAUAUCGGAAUCCAGUUUACCAGUUUUUGCCACCUGGAAUUGAAGGCAGUAAAAUGAAUCCACUAUUCUUUCUAAGAUUUUUGUUAGUAACAUAAGCAGUAACCCAUAGAAGACAAUUGCCUGUUUAUCUAAAGUUGUGCAUACAUGACACUUGGCUAUAAACAUGCAUGGACAAAUCAUGAUGGCCCCUGGGCCGGAAUGGAAGACCCAUUUGGAGAGGACAGGUCCAUGUCUGACUUAAUUUUCAAACUUCCCACUAGAUAUAUCUGGCCAAUUUUCUUCUACAUAAAGGUCAGAUGGACUCCAUACACGGGCCAGUAAGCUACUGACGUCUUUAGCAUCCUCCUGGCUAUCUUUAUUUUACUAAACUUAUUAUAAAACCUUUGAUCAAAUAGACCAGGGGAAAACAUUGCCCAUGUUACUCCAUAACCCUCAUUUAUCUAUCACUACAGAACUUGUUCUGUUAUUCCAGUCUUCUCUACAUUGUUUGAGGUUGGCUUUGUGUAAAUCCGUGAACUUUGUUAUAUUGUUACCUUUCCCUCCAAUACGUGGCCAGCCUAAAUCUUAUUUGCCCCAUUUACUCGUUCUAUGAACUUUUUUUUUUUGUAUUGUCCUUACAUUGAAACGAUAAAAGCUAUUCAGUGCAGAAUGUGUAAUGACAGAAUGUUAAACAUAUUAAUAAUUUGUGCAAAGUGCAGUUGACCACUAUAUAUUAAUAUCAUUUACAGCCUAUGUUUUUGUAAGAAGUCCAAUUUUAAUGUAUUUAAAACACUAACACAUCUAACGUGCUGCAAAAUGUACUAACCUCUGAAAAAUACCUGUGUUUCUGACUAGUUUGUUCUUUCUCAUUUACUGGAUGUUUUUUUUUAAAUGUAAAUAAGCAGUGUACAUAUUGACAGAGGAAGGUUUGCGAGCAAAUGGUUUAAAGGCAGCAGCUCAUGCUCAGUAAUGUAUAUGCUGCAGUGCAUUUCAUACUUUCAUUCAACAGGCAAAGCACAGGAUAGCCAUCACUGGGAUACUCACACACCAACUGCUCUGUGUCCAUUCCACCUUCAAUAUUGAUUUUUAUUUAUUAUUGUUUGCUCUCUUUUGCCUUCAUCACAAAGUAUUUGCUUCCAUGCAGGACUGAAAAGCUCUAUAAUUAUUAAGCACCUUAUUACAGCUUUGGGACUGCUUGCCAGAUUGUCUAUUUGGAAUAUACUAACCCUGAGGAGAUCUGCUUACUGGAGAGACACAGAAACACUUGCUUUGUAACUACAUUACCUAGCUAACCAGCUCUAUGCUGCUCAACUAUGAUGUGAGUUACUAAAAACAUAAGUAAAAAUGUAAUUGUAUUUGCAUUAAACUGAAUAUGUAGUAAGUCUGCUGCAGCAUAUACUUUUAGAGAAUAGGCAUGUGUUCUGAAACAGCUCCUGUGUGCAAUGUAAUGGAGCCAGGUAGAACUUUUUCUCUCUGUUUUCAUACACAGGACUGAGAAAUUUUUGUACCCAGAAUUUGCCAGAAUAAAGGGAUUUCUAGGUUAGUGAGUGAA